AUGGAUUUGGAUUUUAACUCGACGAUGGACACGAUUUAUCCACGAGAGGCGACCAUCAUGGCGGCCGCUUGUGCCUGUAUAUUUAGUGUUGUUGGAGUAUUAGGUAACUUCAUAACGACAGUGGCCCUCAUGAUGCAUCCCAAGCUUCGUGGACACGUGACCACUAUGUUCGUCCUCUCUCUGUGUGUGUCUGAUCUCCUGUUCUGCAGCAUCAACUUACCUCUCACUGCCAGCCGGUAUAUAAAACAGCAGUGGGUGUUGGGUCCGCGGCUGUGUCAAAUGUUCGCCUUCGUGUUCUAUGGGAACGAGGCCGUGUCGCUGCUGUCCAUGGUGGCCAUCACGAUUAACAGGUACACUCUGAUAGCGUACUACGACAUGUAUUCCCAGAUCUAUACGACGACGAAGAUCUGGGUCCAACUGCUCAUGAUAUGGCUGGUUUCCUUCGGUCUUAUGGUGCCCCCAUUACUUGGUAUCUGGGGUCAGUUGGGUUUAGACCCCAAUACAUUCUCGUGCACGAUCCUCCCCAAGGACGAGCGGAGCCCCAAGAAGUACCUGUUCGUGUUCGGGUUCGCCCUCCCUUGUGUGGUGAUCAUCGUGUCUUACAGCUGCAUCUACUGGCGGGUCAGAGAGAGCAAGAGAAAGCUCGAGGGACGCAGGUGUGUAUGUGGCAAGCUAAGCGGACAGACAGCCAGAGAGAAGGAGGAGGACUCUCGUUUAACGACGCUCAUGUUAACUAUAUUCCUGUGUUUCCUCGCGUGUUUCCUUCCACUCAUGAUAAUGAACGUGUCCGAUGACGGGAUUCGUUAUCCCUGGCUGCAUAUAAUCGCCUCCAUCCUCGCUUGGGCGUCCAGCGUCAUCAAUCCAUUAAUAUACGCAGCUACCAAUAGACAAUAUAGAGCAGCGUACGGAAAUCUGCUCAGAUUCUGUAAGAACAAUCCCGUAGCUCGCAGAACAACCUGGGGCAGCCGCACCGUCGGACAUUCCUCUAACUCACCACACUACGUCGAUAAAAGAACUACGAUUAAAGAUAAACCAACGAAAUUAUAA